GCGAGUCCCUGCGGGUUAGGGGCCCCCUCUGGAGCCAUCCUGAUGGCUUUGGGGGCCUUGCUUCCAUUUUCCAUUAUUAUGUGGACUACCGGAGCGACAGCGCAGUCCAAGACCUUGCAGGUUUGUGAUGAGGAGGGAGCACACAGCACACUUCUCCUUCUCCUCCUCCUCCUCCUGCUCCCGGCUCUCCUCCUCUCGCCGCCGAGCCAGCCGUAGACUUUAGAGAGCAACAUCCAGCUCCCAAAUCCAGGGCUGCUACAGCGGACCCGGCUAUUCAAAACGAAGGAAAAAAAAAUCCCACCCCAGAACAAGGGGCACAGGAGAAAAACAAACAAACAAACAAACAAAAACCAAACAACAACAAAAACAAACAACAAAAAAUUGGAGCUCUUUUUUUGUUUCAAAAAAUUAGUUUAGGGUUUUUUAAUUAUUUUUUUUUCAGGGCAGGAAGGUUGCUUUUUUUUCCUAAAAAAAAAAAAAAAAAAGUAUUUUUUUUCUUUGUAAUUAUUUUUCCAUUUACAACUGGCUUGACUCCGGUGGGCGAUUUUAGGGGGAAUAAUACUAGAGAGGUAUUUUUUUUGCAAGAUCUUGAUUAGAGGGGGGUUGUUUUCUUAAAAAAAAAAAAAAUUUCCCUUUCCUUUAUUUUUAUUUUUUUUUGCAAAUGGUCUAAAGCAUCGGUUUGUAAACAAAUCCAGAGGAUUUUUUUUUUACACUUUUUUUGGCAAAGCAAAUCCAAAAGCCAGGUUAUUUUCAGUAGUGGGUUUUUUUUUUGUUGUUUUUUGUUCUGUUUUAAUCGAAUAUGUAAAUUUUAGAGUUAAAAAAGAUAUCCUACCGAUUGGACUUAGUCUCACGGCUUUUUGCGGGGGGGGAUUCUUUUUUUUUUUGUUUAGAAUUUGAAAGUAUUUUGCUUGAUUCGGGGCUUUUUUUUUUUUUUUUUUUGAGUGGGGGGAUCGGAAAGGGAGGGGGGUGAAAGCUUGGAAAGUUUUGGUGCAGCUGCCUGAGCAAAGCGCUGAGCCCCCCAAGCAGCCGCCAGCGGAGACAAGGGAGGGAGGGCAGGAGAGAGAGCUGAGCAAGAGGAGUGUGAGACUUGUAGGGUCUCCCAUCGGUUAUAAGGAAGUGUAGUUUCUUUAUAGGGCUCACACUGAAACAACUUCAGCUGUUUGCUUUUAGGAUGUCUCGCCGCAAGCAAGCUAAACCAAGAUCACUCAAAGUAGAAGAAAAUGAAACAGAGGACCAGCAGGGAGGUGUGGGACAGACAGCUGCUCAGACUGACCCUAACUGUAAACUAGAAGACAAGGCAGAAGAUGGAGAAGUGAUAGAUUGUAAGAAAAGGCCGGAUGAAGGGGAGGAGUUAGAGGAAGAAGCUGUGCACAGCUGUGACAGCUGCCUCCAGGUGUUUGAGUCGCUGAGUGAUAUCACAGAACACAAGAUUAAUCAAUGUCAACUGACAGAUGGAGUGGAUGUUGAGGAUGACCCUACCUGCUCAUGGCCAGCUUCAUCCCCCUCCAGCAAAGACCAGACUUCACCCAGCCAUGGAGAAGGUUGUGAUUUUGGUGAAGAAGAAGGUGGCCCCGGAUUGCCCUAUCCAUGCCAGUUUUGUGACAAGUCAUUCAGCCGCCUCAGCUACUUAAAACAUCAUGAGCAAAGUCAUAGUGACAAACUCCCUUUCAAAUGCACGUAUUGCAGUCGCCUCUUUAAACACAAGCGAAGCCGAGACCGCCAUAUAAAACUUCACACAGGAGACAAGAAGUAUCACUGCAGUGAGUGUGACGCAGCAUUUUCAAGAAGCGAUCAUCUUAAAAUUCACUUAAAGACUCAUACGUCCAACAAGCCAUAUAAAUGUGCCAUUUGUAGACGUGGAUUCCUUUCGUCAAGUUCUCUGCAUGGUCACAUGCAGGUUCAUGAGAGGAACAAAGAUGGUUCUCAGUCUGCUUCUAGGAUGGAGGACUGGAAGAUGAAAGACACUCAGAAAUGCAGUCAGUGUGAGGAAGGCUUUGAUUUUCCUGAAGAUCUUCAGAAACACAUAGCAGAAUGUCACCCUGAGUGCUCUCCAAAUGAGGACAGGUCUGCUCUUCAGUGUGUUUACUGUCAUGAACUCUUUGUAGAGGAAACGUCUCUUGUAAAUCACAUGGAGCAGGCUCAUAAUGGUGAAAAGAAGAACUCAUGCAGCAUUUGCUCAGAGAACUUCCAUACUGUUGAAGAACUGUACAGCCACAUGGAUAGUCACCAGCAACCAGAAUCAUGCAAUCAUAGCAACAGCCCUUCUUUGGUAACUGUUGGUUACACCUCAGUAUCUAGUACCACUCCAGAUUCAAAUCUUUCAGUGGACAGUUCAACGAUGGUAGAAGCUGCUCCCCCAAUUACAAAGGGUCGUGGAAGAAAAAGGGCAGCCCAACAAGUACCAGACAUUACUGGUCCUUCAAGUAAACAAGCAAAGGUUACCUAUAGCUGCAUUUAUUGCAACAAACAGUUGUUUUCAAGCCUCGCAGUUCUGCAGAUACAUCUGAAAACUAUGCAUUUAGAUAAGCCUGAACAAGCCCAUAUUUGUCAGUAUUGCUUGGAGGUAUUACCCUCAUUGUACAAUCUGAAUGAACAUCUUAAGCAAGUCCAUGAAGCCCCCGACCCAGCAUUGAUUGUUUCUACCAUGCCUGCCAUGGUCUACCAGUGUAACUUCUGCUCUGAAGUAUUCAAUGACCUCAACACUCUUCAGGAACAUAUCCGUUGUUCUCAUGGUUUUGCAAACCCUGCUGCUAAGGACAGUAAUGCAUUUUUUUGUCCCCAUUGCUACAUGGGAUUUCUUACUGAUUCUUCUCUGGAAGAGCAUAUUAGACAAGUUCAUUGUGAUCUUAGCAGUUCCCGUUUUGGUUCCCCUGUACUCGGAACCCCAAAAGAUCCAGUAGUAGAGGUAUAUUCUUGUUCCUACUGCACAAAUUCUCCAAUAUUCAAUAGUGUUCUUAAAUUGAACAAGCAUAUCAAGGAGAACCAUAAGAACAUUCCCUUGGCACUGAAUUACAUCCACAAUGGAAAAAAAUCCAGAGCCAUGAGCCCCUUAUCUCCAGUAACUAUAGAGCAGACCUCUUUAAAGAUGAUGCAGGCUGUAGGUGGUGCUCCUCCACGUCCUGCAGGUGAAUAUAUUUGUAAUCAGUGCGGUGCUAAGUAUACUUCCCUGGAUGGUUUUCAAACUCAUUUAAAAACACACCUUGACACUGUCCUGCCAAAACUGACGUGCCCACAGUGCAACAAGGAGUUCCCAAAUCAAGAGUCUCUGCUGAAGCACGUAACAAUUCAUUUCAUGAUAACCUCUACCUACUAUAUCUGUGAAAGUUGUGACAAGCAAUUCACUUCGGUGGAUGACUUGCAGAAACACUUGCUUGACAUGCAUACGUUUGUAUUCUUUCGCUGCACCCUGUGUCAAGAGGUUUUUGACUCUAAAGUCUCCAUUCAGCUACACCUUGCUGUGAAGCAUAGCAAUGAAAAGAAGGUAUAUAGAUGCACGUCUUGUAACUGGGACUUCCGCAAUGAAACUGACCUGCAGCUGCAUGUUAAACAUAACCACCUGGAGAACCAAGGGAAAGUGCACAAGUGCAUUUUCUGUGGUGAGUCGUUUGGAACAGAGGUGGAGCUUCAGUGCCACAUUACUACACACAGCAAGAAGUACAACUGCAAGUUCUGCAGUAAAGCUUUCCAUGCUAUUAUCUUGCUGGAGAAACACCUGAGGGAAAAGCAUUGUGUUUUUGAAACUAAAACGCCAAACUGUGGAACCAAUGGAGCAUCGGAGCAAGUUCAGAAAGAGGAAGUGGAACUCCAAACCUUGCUGACAAAUAGUCAGGAGUCCCAUAACAGCCAUGAUGGCAGUGAAGAAGAUGUUGAUACAUCUGAGCCCAUGUAUGGAUGUGACAUUUGUGGAGCAGCUUACACAAUGGAGACUCUCCUGCAAAAUCACCAGCUUCGAGAUCACAAUAUCCGACCUGGAGAAAGUGCCAUAGUUAAGAAAAAGGCCGAACUCAUUAAAGGGAAUUACAAGUGUAACGUGUGUUCUAGAACCUUCUUCUCUGAAAACGGGCUCCGUGAGCACAUGCAGACGCACUUGGGACCAGUGAAACACUAUAUGUGCCCGAUAUGUGGUGAGCGGUUUCCGUCUCUUCUGACUCUUACUGAACAUAAAGUCACUCAUAGUAAGAGCCUGGAUACUGGAAACUGUAGAAUUUGCAAAAUGCCUCUCCAAAGCGAGGAGGAGUUUUUGGAGCAUUGCCAAAUGCACCCUGAUUUGAGAAAUUCCUUAACAGGAUUUCGCUGCGUGGUAUGCAUGCAAACGGUGACCUCUACCUUGGAGCUGAAAAUCCACGGGACAUUCCACAUGCAAAAAACAGGAAAUGGUUCUGCAGUGCAGACUACGGGGCGAGCACAGCAUCUUCAGAAACUGUACAAAUGUGCUUCUUGCCUGAAGGAAUUCCGUUCAAAACAGGAUUUAGUGAAACUUGACAUCAACGGUCUGCCAUAUGGUCUGUGUGCUAGCUGUGUUAAUCUCAGUAAAAGUGGUAGUCCAAGUGUCAACAUCCCUUCAAGCAGUAACAGACAAGGCCUGGGCCAGAAUGAGAACUUGAGUUCUAUUGAGAACAAAAGCAAGGCAGGGGGACUGAAGACACGUUGUUCUAGUUGCAAUGUUAAAUUUGAAUCAGAAAGUGAACUCCAGAAUCAUAUCCAGUCAAUCCACAGAGAGCUUGUUCCUGACAGCAACAGUACACAGCUGAAAACACCACAAGUAUCUCCAAUGCCCAGAAUCAGCCCCUCCCAAUCUGAAGAGAAGAAAACCUACCAGUGUAUCAAGUGUCAGAUGGUUUUCUACAAUGAAUGGGAUAUCCAGGUUCACGUUGCAAACCACAUGAUUGGAGAAAAGAUGAGAAGGAAGGUGAAAAUGAGGGAGGAUGUGGAAGAGGAGAUGAAGGAGGAGACAGGGUCAGAAACAGGAUCUUUCAACAAUAUGACACUCAGCCACAGAAGCCAACUUCAUAGAAGUCUCAUGCUACUCUUUCUUCAGUUCCUAGAGAAAAUCUUGCAGGAGUUGUUGUGGUGUAAAGAUGAAGGACUGAACCAUGAAUGCAAACUCUGCAAUCAGACAUUUGACUCUCCUGCCAAACUUCAAUGCCACCUGAUAGAACACAGCUUUGAAGGAAUGGGGGGCACUUUCAAAUGUCCAGUCUGCUUUACAGUGUUUGUUCAAGCAAACAAGUUGCAGCAGCAUAUUUUCUCAGCCCAUGGACAAGAGGACAAGAUCUACGACUGCACACAGUGUCCACAGAAAUUCUUCUUCCAGACAGAGCUGCAGAAUCAUACGAUGACCCAACAUAGCAGUUAGUGCAAGGCCCAUCUCUUCAAGAGAAUUCUUUGUGGCACAAAAAGGGAACACAUUUUACUCUUUGCACGAAACUUUCAUUGUUAAUGUAUAUUAUUCAGAAACAUUGUAUUGUACCAUAAAACUUGUAUUAUCGAAACUGUUGGAUGUUCAUGUGUUUGAACUUUUGAGCACCGGAUAGGCUUCCUGUAUAUAAAGUGUUGCACAUGUAUUAUGUUGUCUGAUACUAAAAUGGUCUUAUAAAGACAAGUGGACUUGGGCCCUAUUCAAGAAAGAUAAAAUAAUAAUAAUACUGUGUGAGGAAAAAAAGGCUUAAGAAAAUGUGUCAUUUUUGAGGAAGAGGGAGAAAAAAAAUAACUGUUACCUUACAGCUGUGUUUGGCCUUCCUUUCAUUUAAACUUAAGUCUAAAAUAUCUCUCUUUUGGUAUACAAACAGAUGAAUCCAAGACUAUUUUUUAUUGCUGAAGAUUCUUGCAAAAAAUAUGAGAAGGCUUUCUCACAGAGCAAGACCCCACCAUUGAAUAAGGCCCGUAUAUAUAUUUGUAAGCCUUGCGAUAUGACAAAUAGCAUUACCAUAUAUGCAAUAGUUGUUAUGUAGAUUGUCAAAGAAACUUUUUUUUUCCUGGAUACCAUUUGAAGCUUUGAGUGUUCAAGACUUUCCUUAAUGAUUUCACACAGCCAAAUUCUUGAAUCAGUUGAACUAACCUGUAUGUUACUGUUAUUAAUGUUUACUCUGCGGUCUGAACCUGGAGAUUACUGGAAUUGUUUUCCAAGAGGAAAUAAAUUCAGUUUACCAUUAUGUGUGUGUUGUGUCUU